CGGAGAAACCUCUAUUCGGUUCACGUAGAGCCCGUGGCCCUGCGGCCGCUCGGAAUGUCUAAGUUGACCAAGCUACUCUCUCCGGAAGGGAGACGGCUGGGAACAGUGGCUCAGGUUUUUCAAACCUUGUGUAGCUUGGUGGGCCGUGUCUCCUUCUACGCGAAGGUAGAAGGCAGGUAGAAGUCAAGGUAGAGGCAGCGGGGGACCUAGAGUUUCCUCUGAUAGUAGGUGAGGAUCACAGUGAAGCGUCUGGUCAGGCUGGGAGGUCCGAGCUGGCUUGGGCUAAUGGCCCUUCUGAGGCCUGGAAUGAAGUUGUCCUUAAAAUCCUGUAUCUAACGCUGGAAGGGGCCUUUUUUAGUUCAAUCCUGCGAAACGGGCUCUGAGGGAAGAAGAGAAUGAUCCAAGCUCACACAGAACAAAAUGGAAGAUGUUGAGGAAGGCAGGAAAAUCUUUGUUCAAAAAUGUGCUCAGUGUCACACAGUGGAAAAAAAUGGAAAACAUAAGACUGGCCCAAAUCUCUGGGGUCUGUUUGGCCGAAGAACAGGGCAAGCAUCUGGAUAUUCUUAUUCAGAAGCAAACAAAAACAAAGGUAUUAUUUGGAAUGAAACUAAUCUAGUGGAAUAUUUGGAGAAUCCUAAAAAAUUUAUCCCUGGGACAAAAAUGAUUUUUCCUGGUAUCCGAAAGAGGAGAGAGAGAGAAGCUCUUGUUGCAUAUUUGAAAAGAGUAACAAAAUGACAUGUUAUUGUAGGUAUUACAAUAACAAUUAUAAGACUAAUUUUUCAAUUUUCACUUUUUUUGUUUUGAAAAGUCACAUUUUCUUUUGUUCAACCUGUUCUAUUUAGUGAUUUCAAAUAAAGGUUGACCUUUGUCAGUGUUUAUAAUCUA